AUGUUAGAUUUCGUUUGCGACUACUGUAGUCGUACCUUCACGAGGAAAUAUAACCUACAAAAUCAUAUAGAGAACUGUCAUCUCAAUUCGUCAUGUUACUGCGAGAUAUGCGACCAAACUAUCGGCAGUCCAGCUGGGUUACAACUCCAUCUGUCGAGAGGCCACAACAGAUAUGGUCAACCGUUCCCAGAAUGCGAUCUGUGCGGUCGAAUAUUCACUAGGAAACAAAAUAUUAAUUCUCACAUGAUAACAGUGCAUUUACAAGGCGUUGGACCGGAAAUCAAAUGUAAAAUGUGCGAAAAAACCUUUACCACUGAAAGAAAUUUAAAAAGACACACUAACCAGCUCCAUAAUCCUGAUAUGGAAUACCUAACAUGUGAUACUUGUAAAAAAUCGUUUAAAGGAAGACAUUACUUAGUUACUCAUAUACAGGCAAUGCAUAAUGUAUCCGAUAAAGGUACAAUAAAAUGUCAUCUGUGCAAUAAAGUGUAUACAAAUAAUAGAAAUUUAAAACGUCACGUCGAAAUGUUUCAUGGAGAAAGAGGAGAGUUCAGAUGUGAAAUUUGUCCAAAAGUGUAUACGUCAAAUCAAAGCUUACGAAGGCACAUCAGGACCAGACAUUAUUCUGAUGAUGGGGAAGUUUACAAUUGUGAACACUGCGGCAAGGGUAUUAUCGGUAGAGAGAAUCUAGAGGAGCAUGUAGUAUCGUUUCAUAAAAACGACAAUUCACUCAGUGAUGCAGAUUCUACAAAUAGUCUACAAUGCGAGUCUUGUUCAAAGACAUUUGAUGAUGAAACUUCUUUGAGAAAGCAUGUCAAGAUGGAGCAUUCGUUUAAAACAUUUUAUAAUUAUUGCAGAAAAUCCCUUCUGAAACAGGACAGUUCGAAAGAGGAUAACAAAGUGUUUUACAAAUGUGAAUUUUGUAAUGACAGUUUUUGUACUGUAUACGAAUUAAAAGACCAUAUGAAAGUAAUCCACGACAAGGAAUACUCUUUAUCUACGUGCAACGUCUGCUUCAAUAAGUUUUACAGUCGAGAUAUCAUGAACCAACAUAAGAAAGUUUGUUUGCCCCCGGCGAACGUUAAUUCUUGCAGUCACUGCGACAAAUUAUUUACAGACAUCUCCAGUUUGGAAUUCCACACGCGUAUAUUUCAUCCGCAAUCUCAAAUUGCUGAUUCUAACGUAACAUCUACGUAUUUGGACGAUUGUUCUGAUAACUAUAAAUGUCCACAUUGCGACAGAGUAUAUUACAGCGAUAGGUCACUAAAACAUCACACUAAGCUCAAACAUACAACAGAAGAGGCUGUCGAAUGUGAAUAUUGUGGGAAAAUAUGUAGCAACAAAUACUAUUUAGCUUCCCACAUCAAAAUAGUCCAUAAUAACGACUCUUGGUCCAAAUGUGAUUACUGCGAUAAACUAUUUAAAUCUAAAAGAAAUAUCCGAAGACACAUUGAGUAUACACAUUUGGGUAUGCAAAGGUACAAAUGCAUUGAAUGCGAGACUCUAUUCAAGGAAAAGAGAAGCUUAAGGAAACACGUAAGGACGAAACAUCCAAAUUCUGCAAUGUUCCCUCAAUGCCAUAUAUGUCAUAAGCGCUUUGAAUCAGCAAAAUCUUGUAAAAUUCAUUUGAAAUUAGUACACUCUUUCAACAUGAAUACUUAUCCGUGCGAUCUUUGCUCUGUCUCCUUCAGUUCUAACGUAGCUCUUACGAUUCAUUUGCAAACAAAGCAUUUGGCUGAGGACGAAAUUUACAAAUGCGAAGAAUGCAACUUAGUUUUUAAAGGCCAAGAUAAAUUUGAGCAGCACAAUGAACAUUGCCACGUAAAUUUAGUGUCUAAUAUAAAGCAGAAAGUUUUACCUCGGUGUAUUAUAUGUAUAAAAGAUUUUAGUACUCGUAAAACUUUGAAGAGGCAUAUAAAGAAAUUUCAUGAAGAUUUUGACGUUGAAGAAUUAGCCACGUUCGGUUCGAAGAGGCGGAACUUCAAUGUGGAUUGCGAAGAAUGUAUUAAGAGUUUUACCGACGAUCUGCAUUUCAACAUUUAUCAGAAACUGAGGAAUCUCAAAGACUCUGUGAUAUUUAAGUGUCAAUCUUGCUGUGCGUCAUAUAAUUCUUUGGAGUACUCCGUUCAAAGGUAUAAGCUUUCAAACUACGAUUUUAAAGGGAAAAUUAUCUUGAGUGAUCUUUGUACGGCUGAAAUGAGUGAUGCUGAGUCUACAGGUUUGAGUGCGCUUCAGGAGAUGAUGGAGCCAGAGAGUACUACAAAUGAUAAUGAAUGAUCUAAUCAAAAUUCUGUCUAAUCAAAUAAAAUAAAUUUAUUCAGUGUAGGCUGUUACAAAGCGCUUGUGAAUGUCGAAACUCUAUGCCAUCGGUUCGUAAGUUUAAUGCAGGAGACUCUGUACCGAAAAGAACCGACAAGAAACUCGGCAAGGGCUGCUUUUUUCUUCCUGUUUCAUUUCAUAUAAGAUAUGUACUCUUCAAUCGAUUCAUAUCAAAUAAAUGUAACGUAAAAUGAUAAACUGUAUGAUAGUGCACUCUACCACUUUACAUUGUGA